AUGAGCCGUCGUCCCAGCACCGUCCGCAACAUGGAAUGUCUUCACUGGUACCCGGACAACUACAAGGUGGCCUAUCACAACCAGCUGAACAUGGCCCAGCUGCACCAGCUCCUGGCAGACGAGGACCAGCACGUCAUCUUCGUCUACGGCUGUCUCAAGCUGCCCACUGUGCUGCGCGCCUAUUGCGACCAGCCGGACAGUUUCCAGUUUGCCCGUCGAAUGCAGCCGGCCCGCGCGGUGGGGUACCGACUGUACGAGCGGACCCCCAACGGCGAGCCGGUCAUGGUGUUCACCGGACAGGAUGACGACGUCGUCGAAGGCAUGGUGGUGUUUGCGAUUGAACAUGAGGACGCGGUCGCCAUGCUGCGCGGUGAGAGCAGCGGGAUGGACGCCUGUCUGAUCGAGAUCGAGGCGGUCAUCAUCGAAGAAGGCUCCGGCGUGGCCGACCGCUGGGUCGAGGUGACCUACGCUCUGAUCGUGUCCGCCUUGGUCUGGAACGGCAGCUUGGAGGGGAUGCACUGGAAGGGAGUCACCGAUUGGCCCGUCGACAUGUUCCUGCGCUCGGAGCAUUACGACAGUUUCAGACGUCCCGGCGAGCUCGUGUCGGAGGAGACCAUCGACCCGCUGUUUCGCCUCUAG